AUGGAUAGCGUACUGUUUGAAGAGUGGAUACAAGAAAUGGAUAAAAAGUUUACAAAAGAAAAGAAGAAAGUAGUGUUCAUAAUAGAUAACUGCCCAGCACACCCGACGGUUGAUAAUCUAAAAUCUAUUGAGCUCAUUUUUUUACCACCGAAUACCGGUCGUACAACAGCUGAAGAUGUUGUUUUUGCAGAUGAAUGCUUAAUUAGCACAGAACCUUUACUUACAGAUAAACAGUUGGUAGAAGAAGUUAAAAAUGCAGCAAAUGAACAUGAUGGUAAUGACGAGGAAGAUAAUGAUGAUGAUAAUGCAAUCAAUCCAGUUUGCCCAAAAGUUAGUGAUAUUUGGAAGGCACUUAAGAUGUUGUAUGGCUAUAUGCCAUUCAGUCUUAUGGAUAAAGAUUUGCAACAAAAGCUCAAUGCUGUCUCGAUUAUAUUCGAUAAAGACGUAUCUUCAAAACUAAAACAGAGUGACAUUAGAACAUUUUUCAAUUUAUAA